GGGAUGCACUACACCAUGCAAGUUUCAGGGAUCCCAUGCAAUUUCGCGCCAUGCUUAAAGAGCACAGAGCGCGCUUGAGAUAUGCAUGCCUGGCCCUUUCACUGGGGGCUCUCAUUGCGUAUGACAGCAUGUGGCCAACACCCUAUGGCGCGCACGUGCGAUCUGUAUUUGGCAUGUCCAAUGAGAUGAGCUCAAAUGCAAAUGAAGCCCAUGUGGCCAUAAUAGGGGGUGGAGGCAACAUCGGCUCGUAUUUGACCCAGUUCUUGACAUCUGCCAAUCUUACAGUGGUUGCUUUUGAUGUGAACCCGAACAUUCCUGGCUUGGAAGUGGCCCAAAGGCACAGCAGGUCACUCACUCGACGGGAUUUACAGCGAUUUGGCACUGUGAUUUUUCUCGGUGGAUGCACUGGAAGAAGAGCUUGUGCAGGCAUGUCCUUUGAGGAACGCACCCAAGCCAAUGUCAAUGACGUGGAGGACCUUGUGUCCAAAUGCGAUCCUGGCCAGCAUUUCAUCACUGCAUCUACGUCCGCCGUCUCGGAAGGUCGGCGGGACGCACUGGAGUCCGACGAGGUCUUCAGCGAGCUGCUGGACGAAUAUUCCACGUCCAUGUUCGAACGGGAAAACCGGCUGCGGCAGCUGGCGAGCGGUUCGCGUAGCCCAUGGAUCUCCAUGUUGCGUUUCGGCACGGUCGUCGGAACCUCGCCCGGGCAGAGGACCGAUUUGCUGGUGCCGCGGGAUGCUUUUGGAGUUUAUAGUCGGUAGACUUUAGACUUUAGAUCUGUUGACAUGAGAGUAAUUAGCAAACGCUCAAACGAAUCAAGGUGCCCAGCCUCUUUAAGUCGGCCUACACGGAGGGCGUGCUGCACGUCCAGGGCUACGACGUCAUGAGAUCCUUCCUGGCGUUGCCGGACCUGGCGCGGGCUGUUCAUACCUUAAUCCUGCGGCGGAAGCCGGUGCAGAAGCCCGGAACCUUCGCCAUUUGGAACUUGGCGUCGUUUCAUGCAAAGAUCUUGAAAGUGGCCACCACCGUGGCAUCGAUUACAGGGGCGAAGCUGGAUAUGCAGAGCUCGGUGCGGGGCUAUGAGCUUGCGGAUCCCAAAUUCAAGGGAUUUUCCCUGAGCACUGCGGCCUUUCGGGAAACCUUUGGGUUCGAAUUCCAGUGGGAUCUGCAGAGCACGCUCUCGGAGUUCGAUGCCAACAUGCCGGACUCUGCCAUGCCCAAAGGCUCGCAUGCGCCGGCCAAGAAUUCCGCGGGGGACUCCAUCGCCUGCCCGGUGUGCGGGUCCACAGAUUCGCAGCUGGUCGUCGACCUGGGCGAACAGCCCUUCGCCAACCACUUUGUGAACGACACGGAGGAGGCCUUGGAGUCGCCGCGGUUUCCGCUGAAGUUGGUGCGGUGCCGGGUUUGCAACCACUACCACCUCUCCCAGGUGGCCAGCCGCUCGGAGCUCUUCGAGCACUACCUCUACCGCUCGGGCACCAGCUCCACUCUGAAGGCCCACUUCGAUUGGCUGGCCGGCAAGGUGCAAGAAGAGAGCGGGAACCUGAAGAGCGGUUCUGUUCUGGAGAUUGCCUGCAACGACGGCAGCCAGUUGGAUUCCUUCAAGGCCUUGGGCUGGAAGACCUAUGGAGUGGACCCCGCCAAGAACAUCGCAGAAAUCGCCCAGAAGGCACACACCGUGCGUGUUGGCUUCUGGCCGCUCGACUUCCCCGAGCUCCCAAAAGGCGAUGCCCUAACGGCGAUCACGGCCCAGAACGUCUUCGCCCACGUUCCACAGCCCGUGGACUUUCUGAAGGGCUGCGCCAAGGUGAUGGGCCCCAAGACCAAGCUUUACAUCCAGACCUCCCAGUGCAACAUGCAGCAGCUGGGGCAGUUUGACACUAUGUACCAUGAGCACAUCUCCUUCUUCACUGGGCAUUCUUUCAAGAAGGCCGCGGAUUUGGCCGGGCUGGAGAUUGUGAAGUUUGAGACGGUGCCGAUCCACGGGGAGUCGUGCUUGGUCACAAUGGAAAAGUCAGGCGACAACAAGGACAAUUCCUUGGAGAAGCGCUUGGCGACGGAAAGGCGCGAUGGCGUGACCAGUGACUUCUUCGCCGAGCGGUUCAGGUCCCGAGCCAUUGCGAUCCGCGACUGGGUGACGCGGGAAAUCCGAGCCUUCCGGUCCAAGGGAUAUGUGGUGGGUGCCUAUGGUGCUGCAGCCAAGGGCAUGACGCUGCUGCACUUCAUCCUUGGUGCUUCGCAAUGCGAGGAGCAAUUCUUGGACUUUGUUCUGGAUGAUGCGGACUUGAAGCAGGGGACCUUCUGCCCUGGGACCGAGAUCCCGGUGUUUCCCAGUGCGCACCUGCAGACUUUGGUGGUCCCUCUCCGGCGACCAGUUGCGAUCCUGGUUUUGGCGUGGAACUUUUUCGACGAGAUCGCCAAGAAGAUUGCUCACUUCGGGCUGAGGAAGCGCGAGAGCAUCACAACCAUUGUUCCGUUCCCGGAACCUGCAGUUGUCCGUUUGCAGAAGGACGGCACGCACCGGACCCUUCGAGCUAUGCCAAACGAUUGUACAUCAGUGCCGAACGUACUGCGCAAUGAAUCCAGGAGCAAGACAGUGCUUGUUACGCAUGCGCGCAAUGAAGACAUGCUCAUGCCAUUCUUCAUUAUCCAGCACGCUCCCAUGUUCGAUGAAGCGUUCUUAAUAGAUUUCGAGAGCACCGACCGCACAGUGCAGCUGGUUGCAGACUAUGCGCCUGCCUGCUGGCGAGUGGUGAACUCUUCCCAGGGACAGGUCUUUGACGCUGAAGUUCUGGACCAACAGGUGUCGCAGAUUGAGAGCUGGUACCCGAACGAUUGGGUCAUGGCACUGACGGUUACGGAGUUCCUGAUCUUUCCGAACAUGCGCGCGCGGCUAUUUCGGAGGCAGCUGGAGGACCCAAGUCCGACCAUUCUGAAGCACCAGGCUCUCUUUAUGCAGGGAUACGAUGGCGUGCCGCUGCGGCACUUUCGGUCCUUGCUGAAGCAGCGCCACGUUUGGGUGAAGUCGACUUGGUUCUACAAUCGGGUGAUGCAUCGUCAAACAACCAACCAUAUCUACGGACCUGGCAGACAUGAGUACAAUUUCCAUGGGCGGGGGAAGGACACUGCGACCAGAUUGGUCAAUACUGAGGGGUUCAUUGCGAAGUGGCAUUGGACUCCUUGGCCGGAAUCGGCAGAGAGAAUAGUCCAUGUGGGUGCCACCAUUCCUAAGUCUGAUGUCGACAGAAAGCGCGGCUUUCAGCACACUGCAAACUUGCUGGCGGGUCUUGAGGGCAUUCACAAAACAAAGGACCACGAAAUUGGGCUUGAGCUCGAAGAGUUGCAGGACCUCUGCGACGAUGAGAGUCAUCCAGACGAAGAUAGGGAGCACGUACCUGCCGUGUUCUUCCGGGAGAUCGGAGGUGUUUGUCACGCUUGAAUCCUCCCAG